AUGAUUGCAGCCUUCCCUUUUCAUGAUCAACAUUAUGACCAAUCUUCCGCAGAUAUGAUGAAUAUCAGUAAUGUCGAUAAUGGUACUUCAAGUCUUAGCGAUAGUCGGCAUCAUUCAUUAUUUUCACCUCAUCAUCGCGAAUUUGUUGUUGAUCAAGACAUAAAAGACGGUCUUUUGAUCAAUGAUCUCUCAUCUUCGGAACCUUCACCCGCUUCUCUUGGACACCUUUUUCAUUAUCCUGUUCCAUAUCGUCAAGUCAAACGUCGUCGUCGUCUUACUGAAGAAGAAACCAAUGUUCUCAUUAGUACAUUUGAAAAGGUUCAAAAACCUGAUGCGGAAAUGCGUACCCGAUUAGCGGCACAACUCAACAUGUCGUCGCGUGCUAUCCAAGUUUGGUUUCAAAAUCGAAGAGCAAAAGUUAAAAGGGAUGCUUUAGAAUCUAAAAAUGCUGCAAAACUCAACAAACCAAAAAAAUUAACACUUGCUGCAGAAUACUGUCAAGAAAAAAGAAUUAAUGAUUCUGAAUCUAUUCAUUCAUCUCCUAUAUCAUCGACAUCUUCAAUUACCGCCUCGCCUACCGAUUCUAAAGUGCAAGGGAUGGCUAGGAUUACACCUAAUCUUGCUAAUAUUUCAAUAGCUCUAACUUCCGACAAUGAACAUCAAUUGGAUACGGCAAAAGAAAAUGGUCAAUCUUUAUAUUACUCUCAAUUGAUCUCUAAUAAUCAGAACAAUAAUAUGAUUGGAUUAAUUCAUGAAACAGUUUAUGAUAAUUAUUGGAAUACUUGCGAUAUGAAAACUGUUAAUAAUGACGAACGACCUAUUUAUUCUCCUUAUUAUAAUUCUGAAAGUGGCAGUUAUUUAACAAAUGACUUUGAGACCACACCGGUAUCAACGGUGCAGUCUUUCCCUGAACCUAUGUAUGGCACGUUUUAUCAAACAAACGAUAAUCCUACCGAUUUUCUCAAUUGGCAGGAUAAACAAAAUUUACCAUUACCGUUAAUGCCAUCUACUGGCAUAGACACAGAAACACCAAUUGGUCCUAACAAUACACCUAUUCAAUUGAACAAUCGUUUGGUUUCUAUUCCCAUAACUUUAGAGAAUUUUUCAACUCACAAUCUUUCAGGCUCUUUACGCACUCCUGCGUGGUUGGCAGAUCUCGACAAACCUGUUGUUAUCGAUAAUCCUACUUGUAGUCCAACAUAUGAAUAUCAUCCUCUUCAAACUCAUAUCCUUUCAUCUCAAACUCUUCCUUCAUCAACAUCUGUUUCAUCUAUUUUUACAUCCUCCACCAUUGAUAAUAAUUUAAUCGAAAAUGAUGAAUCUACAACAACCGCACCACAAUCACCAUACUCCAUUGGCUUCGAUAACGACAUAUCAGUAGUAGCCGACGAUGAUGAUGAUGAAAUUGAUCUAUGGGAAACUUUAUAUAAUCAAGAGGAGGUUAAAAUUCAACAAGCAACGAAAGAUUGUUAG